UUCUAUCGCGGGGGUGGCGGGAGCUCGCGGCGCUACCGUUGGUGCUGCUGCUGCGUGCAGGGAUCGCUGAGGUUUUGCGGAAUCAUGGACACCGGUCAGCAGAGCAAAAUCAUUUAUUCCUGGUAUGGAAAGCCCAUGAGCUCAGACAGAAAGCUGAGGACUCUGCAGUACAAAGGAAUUCUUAUCAAAUCAGAGAGAAGCAAAACAGAAAGAUGUAUACAGCUUGGUGACUUUGUUCUAAUAGAAGGGGAGAAUGCAGAUCAACCUUUUGUGGCACAACUCCUGGAUUUGUACGAAGAUGGGGCUCAGCAGAAGCAUGCAGUUGUGCAGUGGUUCACUCAUAUUACAGAGGUACCUAAGAAUAAGCAGAAACUGCUUAAAAGAAGGAUUUCUUCCCAGGAAGUGUUUUUUGAUCUAGUUUCUGGCUAUGACACUGACAUAGCUGUGGAGACUAUCAUCGAAAGUGUGCUGGUAAUACCACUGCGUCUGAAGGAUGAACUACCUACUAGAUUAAAAAAGGAGAAAAUCUUCUGCGUGAAACAGUCUUGGGAUGGGAAAUGCUUUAGGGUUUUGUCCCCAGACACGUUCUCUAUGCUGAAUGAAGCUAACAAGAAAGGAGAUGGCAUCCCAAACUCUGUCAGCUCUUUUGUUCCUUCGGAGAUCACUUCCUCUGUGAAAAAAGAGACCAAGAAGGUUGCUUGGAGUGCCCCAAAAACAAAAAAUGUUGAGAUGGAAAUAGAAUCAAAACAUUCUGCUUCUAAGUCUUCCCUUUCUAAGAAGAGACAUUCGCUAAGAAUAGAUAAUGGCACCAAAAAUCCAACUGCAAGAAAGAAGUUAGAUUUGAGCAGUCCCACAAGAUCUUCGAAAGGCAAACUCCUGGAAGAGGAUGUUUUGGAACUUUUAGAUGAUGUCUAUGAUUCUCAACUGUUAAAGCCAACAGCUAUUAAAAGAAAAGUGAAAUUCACUGAAAUUCUAAGCUCGCCACCAAAAAUAGCUUGUGCCAAUGAUAAGCUGGAGUCAGUGUUUGGUACAGCAGAGCACCAGGAGGUGUUUAGUGAUACGUUAAGACUGUCCCCUUAUAGGAAGGUUGAAGACUCUAAUGAGAAAGUCAAGAAUCUUAAUAUGGAAGAUGAUGCUAUAGUCUUAACUGGACAUAAGGAGCUGGGGAGUCAGAGCCCAGCGGUGACCCCUCGUUCUCGUAGGACAUGUACACAGGAGACAAGCACUCGCAUUGCAGAACAAAUCAGCUUAUUAAACAUGCUAGAAUCAAAGGAGACAGAGGAUUUUCUGUCUAGCUCGGAUGGUUCUUACUCCUCAAGUAGUGAGGAAGAAGAUAGUGAUGUGGGCUGCACACCAGAGAAGAAAACCAAAUCGAGCAGAAUGUUCAGCACCCCAAAAUCUUCAAGGAAGCCGUCAGUUCACACUCCUGCCAAGACCCCAAGGAAAACACCCUUACUGGGAACACCCAGGACACCCCGGAAUGCAACUCCUGAAAUUCCCAGGCGCAGCCAUGCAGCACAGAAACCAACCAGUGUACUGGAAGAAGCCAGAUUAAGGCUGCACGUUUCUGCUGUCCCAGAGUCUUUGCCCUGUCGUGAGGAGGAAUUCCAGGAUAUCUAUAACUUUGUGGAAAGCAAACUUAUUGAUGGCACAGGAGGGUGUAUGUAUAUUUCUGGAGUGCCUGGAACAGGUAAAACUGCAACUGUUCAUGAAGUGAUUCGCUGUCUUCAGCGAGCUACAGAAGAUGAUGACCUACCAUCAUUCCAGUUCAUAGAGAUCAAUGGCAUGAAGCUUACUGAUCCUCACCAAGCUUAUGUGCAGAUUCUAGAGUUACUGACAGGUCAGAAGGUGACAGCAGCUCAUGCUGCAGUGCUGUUGGCAAAACUGUUCUGCACACCUGGACCAAAGAGGAAGACCACAGUGCUGGUAGUGGAUGAGCUUGAUCUUCUGUGGACCCGAAAGCAGAAUGUGAUGUACAACUUAUUUGACUGGCCGACUCAAAAGCACUCCAAGUUAAUCAUCCUGGCCAUUGCUAACACCAUGGACUUGCCAGAGAGAAUAAUGAUGAACAGAGUAUCUAGCAGGCUGGGUCUCACCAGAAUGUCCUUUCAGCCUUACACCUACAAACAACUACAGCAAAUUAUUUCGUCUAGACUGAACAGUGUGAAGGCAUUUGAGGAGGAUGCAAUUCAGCUAGUUUCCAGAAAGGUAGCAGCACUGUCUGGUGAUGCAAGGCGUUGCCUUGAUAUCUGCAGAAGGGCUGCUGAGAUCUGUGAGUUUUCUAGCCAAAAGAGUUCUCAUGAGAUAGUCAGGAUGGCCCACAUAACACAAGCCAUAGAUGAAAUGUUUUCAUCACCGUACAUAAAAGCAAUCAGGAAUGCCUCAUUGCACGAACAAAUCUUUUUUAAAGCAAUUUUAGCAGAGUUUCGUCAGGCGGGAGUUGAGGAGGCAACAGUUCAACAGUUUUUCCUUAUUGGUCACUUGCCCUGUGUGUUCCUUCUGAGUGGACAGAUGGGCGAUGAGCUGUACAUCAGCUCUUGGGCUGCUGGAUCAUCUUCAUUCCACAUAGUCCAGGUCUAUCAUCAACACAUAUCACUGUGCAGAAUGGAGGGCAUGCAGAGCCCAACAGUGUCAGAUAUCUUGGCCAUUUGUGCCAGGCUCGGUGCCUGCAGGCUGCUGCUGCUGGAGUCCAGCAAUAAAUACCUUCACAUGCGUGUGCGCCUCAACAUCAGCCAGGAUGAUGUCAUGUAUGCACUCAAGGAUGACUAAGGCAAUAGAGAUUUUAUUUCUAUAUAUGUACAAAUAUUUUAAAGAUGGUCUAUUUUAUUUUUUUUUUAAGUACUGAUAAAAUAGUAGGUUGUAUUUUUAAAUAUUUUUGUGUGGUGUAUCAAAGCACUUUGUACAAUAAAGAACUUGCUUUGGAGCAUUUUAAAUACUUGAAAUGAAACAAUCUGUUUCAAAAGCACUGUUGGUAAGCAGUCCCCUUCCAGCUGUGGUGUGUGAGCUGGAAUUGAUUACUGGCAGCAGUGUUUCUCAGCUUAUCUCUGUGGAGCUGCUUCUGUUGUGACCAGCCCUGUUGUUGUGGCAUUAGUUUUUCUGUUGAGUACAAAAGAUGCGUUUGAGGUAUUCUUAAAUCAUUGUUGUUUGUGUCUUGAAAGUGAACUUUACAUCUGUUGAAUUAGUUGCGUGAUGGAUUAAUUGCUACCAGGGAGCUACGCGUGUG